AUGACGAAUGCGGAGGCCACAAGAUUAAGUUACUUGGGGGGUCGUUCUUAUCGUUUUGGGGCUUCCGAGCUCCGCUUCUUCUUCUCCAUCCAUCCAAAUUUCCACUCCCUCUCAUCCCUCGGCCAAUGGAGUGAACGCCCAGACAAAGGUCCUAACCUCGAGGCCAUGGCGUCUAGUACGACUCUCCAGAUCCCUCUACCUCCCCAAACCCCCUCACCUCCUCCGGACAAUCUGGAUCAGCACAGUCUGGCUGCAGAGCCACAGUACGAUCCAAAAGCUUUGUCGCCUAUGCACGGAAUGAAGCAGAACGAACGACUGAAAGGAGAUAUGGCCAACAUGGGACCGACGAGCCCUACAAGCCCAUCUUUUGGCUCGUUCUCGAGCCAUGUGUCCAAUACGAAUGCUGGAUCAGAUCACAAUCCGUUCAACUUCCAGCCUAUGGCAUUGGCAAAGUCGCCAGUUAUGAAAUCGGUAUGA